UUGGUGAGUUCAGGUUGCAGCUCUUCAAAAAAAAUUUUUUCAGUUAAUAAAUACAUUUUGUAUGGUAUUCCCGUGGACAAUUAUAAUGGCUCAUAGAAAAAUAAAAACUAGAGUUUUGAAUUUUAUCGGUUUUCGAAGUGCUCGAAUUCAACAAUAUGGAAGUUCAAAUGUUCGAAGUCUUGAAGGAAAUAUAAUUGAUCAUAAACCAAGUCAAAAUGCAUAUUUCGAACAAUUGAAUGAUAUUUGGAAAAUUACAUAA